ACUAUAGUUUAAAACUGAAUCUCGUGUGAUAUAUUUGUUUGAAUAAUUUUUUAGUAGAUACCAAUUAGUAGUACAUACCAAUUGAGAAUAUUUUUCUUUUCAACAUUAAGUCACUUGAAAGAAUUCAAUCGAACAGGCUUUACAUUUUUGGUAAAUGGAUCAAACAUUUAACCUGCUCCAGAGACCUAAAUAAUCAGCUACGGAGAGUGUGCAGAUAAGAGAACAACAUUGAAGUCUUCACUUGACAAAAAUGGAAGUGUUACCAGCAGCUAUUUUUCUGACCGUUUUGGCUAUCGUACUGACAGAUUGUAAUGCCUAUUUAUCCGAGGCGGCUAUUAAGAAAACACAACUAAUGUUGAAAAACGUUUGCUCCAAGAAAUAUCCAGUGGAUGAAGAAACAUUAACCAAGGUCAAGAGUGGAGUGUUUCCUGAAGACAACAAUAACCUAAAAUGUUACUUCGGCUGUACUAUGAAAACUAUGCAGUUGAUCAAUUCGAAUGGACUUAUUGAAAAACAAACAUUUAAAGAUAAGAUGUCAAUGAUAGCACCGCCGGCCGUACUUAGCAUUUUGAUGCCUGCUAUCGAUGAGUGUGCAGGAAAAGACAAGGAAGAACUCUGUCAGACUUCAUUCAACUUCGUGAAAUGUUCGUACGCCGUCAAUCCCAAAACUUUAGAAUAUUUGCCGGUGUAAUGGUCUUCGCGACCACAGAUGGUUCUGGGUGUUACGAAAAAAAACACGUGACAUUAUAACAUACAGCAACCGUACAGAAAAACAUAUUUCACUUAUAAAUAUUUAUUGAUUUAUAAUUAUACAUAUUUUAUUUUUCUUU